AUGACGGGCGUUCAUCUCGACCCUAGCCGGGCUCCAGUCGCCUUCGGGCGGCUUGCCAUCCCGGAGCUCUUCGCCCAGUUGGUGGAACCCGACGCAGCCGGGAGGCUGCGCGCCCUCGCCUCACUAUGCGACGUCACACACGAUCCGGAGCGACUUUACCAGGUAGUCAGUGAAGGUUUUCUGGACCAGUUGGAGGUUCUGUUGAAGGAUGAAGAUCCAGCAGUGAGGACUAGAACCUGUGAACUGCUGCAUCUCAUCACCAGCCACAACAUUGGAAGACAAGCCCUUCUGUGCUCACCCCUCCUGGCACGUCUUUCUCAGCUGCUGGACGACCCAUCCCCCAUUUGUAGAACCCGCGCCCACCGUGUGAUGAACAGCCUGGCACUGCUACCCGCAGGCGCCAAUGCUUUACAGGCUCUGGUUCCCAAGCUUAUGCUAAAGCUGGAGAAGGAGCAGGAGGAGAAGGAAGAGGAGGUGCAGGCCCUGCUGCUCUCCACGCUCAGCUGCUGCUCGCGACUGGAUGCCGGACCGGCGCUGUCCCACCGCGGUGUCACGCUUAUUGGACGCAAGCUUUCGCACGCCUGCUCCAACAUCCGCAGAGAGGCGGCUGGAGCCAUGAUGGCGCUCAGUGUUCCAGUGGAGGGCAAGCGUCAGGUGUGUGAGGCGGGAGUUCUUCCUGUCCUGGCAGACUUACUGCGGGACCAGGAUGUAGAUGUGCAGGCAAAUGCGGCGGGUGCCAUCAUGAACACGGUGGUCAUCACUACAGGUAAGCAUCAGUGUUUGGAGCUGGACGUCCUCCCAGUCCUGCUACAGCUUCUCUCAGAACGCAAACAAGACGUGGAAGAGGAGCAGAGGCGGAAGGCGUUAGUCCUCUACUCGCUCAGAGCGCUCACCUCAUUGGCUGAGGCCCCCGACGGACGCCGACGUCUGCUGCUUCAGCUGCCUCUCCUAGUGGGGAGAAGCGAGGCGCCCGAGGAGGACGCCGACAUCCGCCGCGCCGCUUGGAGGGCUGUCAAUGUUGUCACCUGGACGCCAUGA